GUGUGUUUGUGGCACGGGACCAACCGCCCAGUGUCUUGUGCAACCCGUGAAAAUGGAGGUAAUGGCUGGUUUCCACCAAACAUCAUCGGUCAUGAAGCACUCGUUUCCAAGCAGCCCGAACUAAGUCUUCCCCGGGCAUUUCCAGAGAGGAGUUACAGCAACUCGCAGCAAUGGCUCCUUACCACCACGAGGUUGCUGUCAACCAAAUAGCCACAGCCGUGCGGGCCUUUUUCACCCGCCGUGAGCCGUUUCGAGUCUUCCAUGGUUCGACGAAUUCCACUCGGCCAGCCCAUGACGCGAAGGUAGUCGACAUUAGCGCACUCAACAACGUCCUGGAGAUUGAUGAGGCUUCGAAAACGGCCGUGGUUGAGCCAAACGUCCCUAUGGACAAGCUCGUCCAAGCCACGUUGGCUCGUGGCAUGGUGCCACCAGUUGUGAUGGAGUUCCCCGGCAUUACAGUGGGGGGUGGCUUUGCCGGGAGUGCUGGCGAGAGCAGUUCGUUCCGGUAUGGCUACUUUGACCAGACUGUCCGAGCUGUGGAGCUGGUCUUGGGCACCGGAGAUGUGGUCCGGGCCUCCCCUACCGAGCAUCCGGACCUCUUCCGGGGCGCCGCCGGCACUGCCGGGACCCUGGGCAUCGCCACAAAACUUGAGCUCAGUCUUAUUCCGGCACGGCGUUUCGUCAAGUUAGAAUAUCACCGGUACAGCACUGUUGCAGACACCCUGGCAGCCGUCCGGCGGGCAACCGAGGAUCCGUCGAAUGACUACGUCGACGGUAUCAUCUUCUCCAAGGUGCUUGGCGUGGUUAUGACGGGGAAGCUUACCGACGAACUUCCUCCUUCCACGAGUCCCCAAACUUUCAGUGGUUCAUGGGACCCUUGGUUCUACCUUCACAUCAAGAAAAAGGCCGACUCCCAACCCGAGCCGAACGACCGCCGAGUUGACGUUGACCCGCCGACAGACUACAUUCCACUCGCCGAAUACCUCUUCCGUUACGACCGAGGUGGGUUUUGGGUCGGGGCGCAAGCGUUUGCAUACUUCCCCGUUAUCCCCUUCAACCGCCUCACCCGCUGGUUCCUCAAUGACUUCAUGCACACACGCAUGUUGUACCGGGCCUUGCAGGGAACCAACAUGUCGUUCGGCCAGAUGGUCCAAGACCUGUCUUUACCAUACAGCACGGCGGAAGCAUUCAUCGAUUACACGGCGGAUCACUUGGACAUUUGGCCACUUUGGCUCUGCCCCCUGAAGGGCAUUCAGCGGCCGAGUUUCCAUCCCUCGUACUGUGGCCCGGACGGGGACGGACCGCCGCAGCCAAUGAUCAAUAUCGGGUUGUGGGGGGCGGCGUCGAAGAAUGUGGAGACAUUCGUACGGCAGAACAGGGAGCUGGAGAGCAGCUUGACCGAGUUGGGUGGCCGCAAGGUGUUGUACUCACACACAUAUUACACGGAGGAUGAGUUCUGGGGGUUGUACGACCGGCCUUGGUACAACGGCCUGAGAAGUAUGAAGCAACGACGCUGCCAACCUUGUAUGACAAAGUGCAUGUUGACGUCGGCAAGGCAACAAGGAAGGGUCGGGGAAGCAAAGGGUGGAUGGGGCGGUUGGGUGGAAUCUGGCCCUUUGCGGGCUUCGUGGGCAUAGCUUCCGCUAUUAGGAGCAAGGAUUACCUGAUCCAUCGGGAGCCAUGUUGGACGUACUGGAAAGGGGUCGGCGUUCCAUUGCCAAGAACGACCCAAGAGCCCGAGGGGAAGAAGGAUGCGGUUUAAUCUAGGAGCUAGAAAUACCCAGG